ACAUUUAUAAGUGUAAAGGAUGUAGCAUCACCCCAAGGGGUUAAAAAGUCUCAGGUAUGAUGGUUUGUGGCCUUUCCAAGCUCAACAGACAAAAGUGUUGUUCCUUAGCAUCUAAUUUCUCUCAUUGAAUUUUCUUGAGUCUCAUACUGGCAGCAUUGACAUUUGAGUUCACAAAAUAUAUGCAUCAUCUGUGCCACAGAACUGGAGCAGAUGGCUGUGAUUGGAGGACUUUUCCUUGAUCAGGUCCUUCAUCUCUUAAGUCACAUCAAAACAGGUGGUUUGUGUGUGUUUGUUGGCUGCCCGUAGCCACCCCUGUUUUAGCUAUUACAAAGCCAGAUGUCAAUGGUAGUAACUGUAGAGGUGCUUCUGAAUCAUUUCCUUGUCUGCUUCAGUACCAGUAGUUUCCUAGAAGAUUGGUAGUGUAGCUGUCUUCUGUAAUUUUUCUACACCAGUGAGCAGGUUUGUGUUUUCUUUGUUUAGGCUGCGAGAAGACCUUCAUCACGGUUAGUGCUCUGUUUUCCCAUAACCGUGCCCACUUCAGAGAACAGGAGCUCUUUUCUUGCUCCUUUCCUGGCUGCAGCAAACAGUACGACAAAGCCUGUCGCCUGAAAAUACACCUGAGAAGUCAUACAGGUGAAAGACCUUUUAUUUGUGACUCUGACAGUUGUGGCUGGACCUUUACCAGCAUGUCUAAACUCCUGAGGCACAAAAGGAAACAUGAUGAUGAUCGGAGGUUUACCUGCCCUGUUGAAGGCUGUGGGAAGUCAUUCACGAGAGCAGAGCACCUGAAAGGUCACAGCAUCACCCACCUGGGCACAAAGCCAUUCGAGUGUCCUGUGGAAGGGUGCUGUGCCAGGUUCUCUGCUCGUAGCAGUCUGUACAUUCACUCCAAGAAACACCUGCAGGAUGUGGUUGCUCCAAAAAGCCGUUGCCCAGUCUCCAGCUGUAAUAGACUCUUCACCUCCAAGCACAGCAUGAAGGCACAUGUGGUCAGGCAGCACAGCCGGCGCGCAGAUCUCUUCCCUCAGCUAGGAGCUCCGAGUUCUCUCCCACUCAGAGGUGAACUCAGCAGCCCAGGCCAAAGCGAGCUCAACAACAUAGACCUGGCGGCGCUCUUCUCUGAUGCACCUGCUGAUGGUAGUGGUGCAGCAGGGGCCUCGGACGAGGCGCUGACCUCUGGAAUCCUGACUAUUGACGUGACUUCUGUGAACUCCUCUCUCAGAGGGAACCUUCCUAAUAGUAGUUCCUUAGGGCCGAUGGACCCGCUGGUUUUGGUGGCCCACAGUGACAUUCCUCCAAGCUUGGACAGCCCUCUUGUUCUCGGGACAGCAGGCACAGUUCUUCAGCAAAGCAACUUCAGUAUGGAUGAUGUGCAGACUGUGAGUACAGGAGCAUUAGGCUGUCUGGUAGCUCUGCCUGUGAAGAACUUGAGUCAGGACCCACAGGCUUUGACCUCCAGCAGCAGUUUACCAGCAGACACCACCACACUGACCUCUUCAAGCACCCCACCGGGAAACACCAGUGCCCCAGAACUGCUGGCUUCAAUCAAAGUGGAACCAGACUCGCCUCCUGGCCCCGAUGCUGUCCGGCAGCAAGAACGAAACAGAGAGGUGCCCCGGCCUGUGUUUUCCAGCCUUCCAGAAAAGCACAGUCCUCAGAAAGACACAGGCCUCAGUGCAGGGACUGGCAACUUCUAUUUGCUGUGUGACGUUGGGCUGCCUCGAUUCUCUGAGCACAGAUGGUGUGUGGUGAAUGGGUUACAGGAAAGUGGGGGCUCAGCAAGAACUGAUUUCCGAGCCAUUCAACUAGCCAAGAAAAAAAAGCAGAGAGGAACUGGGAGCAAUGCAGGAGCCUCAGGGUCUUCUCAGAGAAAAAUGAAAGGUGGCAAAGUCAGUCCUACUCACUUGUAUGCAAGCCAGAGCGGUUGGUUGUGUGGGAACCUUGUGGUGCCCGGCGGAGGUCUGCCAGGACCAGCUCCAGCAGCUGGGGUGCAGUGUGUUCAGGUCCAGUUACUGCAGGACGGCCCCUCAGGUGAAGGAGUCUUGCCAUUGGUGCUCAGCCCACAGCCUUCCGCCUCCCACCCCCUGUUCGCCAUUGGUUUGCCUGUCUAUGUCCUCCAGGAGGUGCUUCCUGCAGCUGGAGGAGCUACUGGGCCUGAGGACACACACCACACCGGCAGCACUAUCAACCUACAGGACCUGCAGUGAAAGCAGCCCUCUUACCUGUGGGACGCAAGGGCGACACCUGCAGUCUGUGUCCCCGUGAGACUGUUACAUGAUCUUGCAGGCCUGGCUGAGAAUCCACUUGGUUUCUGUUCAGAGACUUUUGGAUACACAUAUUGAAAAUGGUUUUUCUUACAUUCUAUCAGGAACUAGUUAGGGGCUGUAUUAUAUAAAACUGCCUUGUCCAAGAAACGUGCUUCAGUGAGGCAAGGAUUGCCUUCCUAGCAAAGCACGCCCCUCUUCUGUACUUGUGCCUAAGCGUGCACAUCCCUUGUCCUAUUUGAUCUGAGCCAUGGAGCACCAGUUGCAUUUAAAAAUACAGACUUGUGCAGGAAAUGGAGUACAGGUCCCCUAGUCAAAUACAGCUCUAUCUGUAGUGAAACCAGAUGGGGUCUUUCAGUUUUGGUGUUUCAGCAUUUGCCCUGAGAGGGAUUUAAAACCCUGUUUUCUCUUUCUGAGAGCUAUUUCCCAACCCCUUGAAUGGUGCGCGUAGUCGGGUUGAUUUUGUCACACCAUGGGGCAGAAAUGGGCUUGUUGUCACAGGAAGCCAAAUUCUAAUCUAUGUUCUGGCAGACCAGGCAGGCUGCUGGUGUGAGAAAAAUACUGAAAGUGAGGUGGACACAUCGGGGGCUCUGUUCACAAGACCCUCUGUGUAAACUGAAUCUCGAGCUCAUAGUUUGGGGAUGGUAGAGUUAAAACAUUCAAAAUAAUUUUUCUAAAUUCUGUAUUUGGGUACUAAUGUUUAAUAGUUAUUUGACAAUUGUUUAAAAGUAAUGUUCUGAGUACUAUAAAGAAUGUGCAGGACUGUAAUGAUGGCAUGUGUAUGUUUUUGUUGAGGUUGAAGAUGUGCAUAUCAUAUGUCACCACAUAUUUUACAGAGUAACUUCUGUCUUGCAAAAGGAGACGAGUUGAUAACCUUGCACAUAUUUAUUUGUUAAUUGGUUAGUGGACUGGACACGGUCACUCAGAAAUGCUGUUUUUGCCUUAUGUCUUUUGAAGUGUGUGUUUAUUAAGAUGCUGUUUUGGUUCUCAGACUUGGAAUCAUCCAAACUCUGCCCAUUCUGUGUUUCUUUGUUUCUUGAGUUUUUGGACUUGGGCUCUUGGGAGUGACCCGGCAUUUAAUUGUGAUUCCUCUCUGUCCUGUUCUGAGGUGCCAUCUGCCCCCCCCAAAGGAAUGUAGGCCCCAUUUAUAAAUGGUUCAUACAGAACUCUGUGCUGCGCCACAAACUAAAGUGCUGUGCCUGUCUGGCACCUCAGCGUCCAGGUCCUCCAGAAAUCCCUUCCUUUCCGAGGAGCCAGGCCUAUCUGCCAGGGUGGCCAUACUGCACUGGCCUCCUGAAGGAGGACGUGUUGCUGGCCCUUUCUCCCACACGUCCCCCAAUGAGUGUCCACUACAGUGAUUGGUAAUAGCUGUUAGUUUUCUGGGCACUGAGGUUUCCUGUUGGCAAUGGACCCAACCCCUAGUGCAAAUGAAUAAAAGUUUUUGUAUAGUUACGCA